GACAGCGCCGCUCGACACGUGAGCCUCAUGUGACAUAGCUGGGUCAGGCUGAGCGGACUCGCGGACCGAGUUUACUUCUCGCGUGGACCCGUCGGCCCCGACUCCCUUCUGCUACCCACACGCGUGGAUGAGCCGCCGAGACCCAUCGCAACGCUCGGGGGGCGGGGGGGUUGGGAAAUUGCCACCUUUGAAUGUCUGACUUGACGGGAUUUUUGUCGAGGAAACUUGCCGCCUAACUUUUCCUAUUAUUAGGGUUUUUUUUUUUUUAAUGUCAAAUUGGUUGAACAUUUUUUACGCACUUUAGUGACAACCAAAAAAAAAAAAAAGCGUCAGGAAAAUGGAGCGAAUCCCAAGCGCGCAACCUUCUCCUCUGACCAAGACUGAUCUAGCAGAUAUGCACAGCAUGGAUUUCCCCAUGUACGCGUAUAAACCCAGGCGAGGGAUGAAGAGGGGAGAGGAGAGCAAGGAGACCUACAAGCUGCCUCACAGACUCAUCGAGAAAAAGAGACGGGAUCGGAUAAACGAGUGCAUUGCUCAGUUGAAAGAUUUGUUGCCGGAGCACCUAAAACUUACGACUUUGGGCCAUUUGGAGAAGGCUGUGGUUUUGGAACUCACACUCAAGCAUGUGAAGACCCUCAGCACUCUCAUGGAGCAGCAGCAGCAGAAAAUCCUUGCCCUGCAGAGUGGCAUGCAUAUCGACCAACCCAUUGUCACCCAAGAGAAGUCCGAGGAGAUGUUCCGAUCUGGUUUCCACAUGUGCGCCAAAGAGAUUCUUCAGUAUCUGGCCAGUCGUGAGAGCGACGGCGACUUCGCGCCAUCCCACGUCAUCAAUCACCUUCACAAGUUGGCCGCCGACGUGCUCCAAAGUCCAAAGCGACCCCUCUCUCCUCUUAGCCCCCCGCCCGAGGAAAUCCCCACAUACAGCCAGCGCCAAACCCACAAGGAGACCACCACCACCAGCUUACCCCCUAAGCCCAGCGAGGGCUACGGGAGGGUGCCGGUCAUCCAGCGGGCGCACCCUCCGCCCAGCGGCGAGCAGAGCGGCAGUGAUACUGAUACAGAUAGCGGCUACGGAGGAGAGCUGGAGAAAAUCGAGUGCGGCGGCCCGCAGAGGCAUCCCGACUACUACAGCCAGGAGGGCAAGCCGAUGAAGCGGAGCACGGCGGAGAGGCAGAACUCCGGCGUCAAGCGGGAAGAUGACGAGCCGAGGCACAAACGGGCCCGAGCCGAGUCGUCUGAGGACGAGAUGCUCUCGGGUGGAGAAUCCUCAGCCUCGUCCUCUUCCAGCGGUUACGGUAGCUACAUGAGCGUCUCCCCCAACCAUCCGCCUCCGCCCCCGCACCCUCUCUGCAUGCCCUUCUACCUCAUUCCUCCCUCUGCCGCCACCUACCUGCCUAUGCUGGAGAAGUGCUGGUACCCGGGCGCCGUGCCCAUGCUGUACCCCGGCAUGGCCGGCUCCGCCACCGCCGAGAGACCGCCGCAGAUGGUGAUGUCUCCCAGGGGAGGCUCCCCAGCUCCGGCCAUUACUCAGACGCCCAUGGACUCCCCGGCUCUCCUACAGGCACUAAAACAGGUACCCCCCCUCAACCUGGAAACCAAAGACUAAAGAGAACACAAUCACUGAGUUGACUCAUUAGGAGGGAGAACACGAUCGAGCCGUCCCGUAGUCCAUCGCGUCAUAUCUCGACUUUGCUUCUCAUCCUGGAGUUCAAGUGUCAAACAAGAAGACGAGAGACAGGCGGAGAAAUGCUGUCGUCCAUCCACGUACGGAUGACGAAAAUGUUUGAAUGUUAAGUGCAAAUGGACCUGCCCUAUUCACACACACACACACACACACACACACACACACACACUUGGUUGAAUGUAAAGAAAGACGUUUCAGACGCUGCUGUUCCGAGUCAAAAACGCUGAGAACACUAGCGCAAUUUCACUUGUAGCUUUUGUGCUAGAGACAUGCCAUUUUUUUUUUUUUGUACUCGAAAACUCUCACACCAAAUGUUGAGCGAGUUCACCCAAAGUUUGUUGCCUAUCGUCCGUCACCGCCGCCGCCACCAUUAUCGCUUAAAAAGUCUUUGACACCGUGAUGACCGCCCUGAAUGCGAAGUCAUUCAUCCACAGUUGACGUGGUUUUUAAUGUAAUUAUUGUGGAUAAACUUCUUGUACAUUUCUAUUUUUGAUACCUGUUGGUGCACUCUUGUCCACAGAGCUGGAAGAAAGGAGCGUUGAGUGUGGCAUACUCUGAGUGUGUACAUACUGUAGCACAGUGCUGGACCUGGUCUCAACAUCUGUUUGUGCUCAAGUCAAACCUGGUGUUUGUUCUUGCUGUUGCCUUUUUACUCGUGAAAAGCUGAGAACUCUCAGAUGUUUAUUCUCAAAUUCAUAUGAAUCCCAGAAGGUGGCGAGUGAGGGGAAGGGAAGUGAAUGUAAACGUUUUACCAGAGGACUAGUUUUCUAAUAGAGAGGGGUACUUGAGAUUUUAUAUUUUGGGACCUACGUGAAAGAUGAUUGCUGUUUGUACAUAUUUUGUCUAUAAAUGUUGAUAUACAUGCAUUAUAAGUGUAUUAAUAAAGUAUUUUUU